AUGGUCACUACAUCUGCGAAAGUGAAGGGAAAAGCGAGCGGCAAGCAGUCCAAGAAAUUUCUGGAGCAAAAGGCACCGCUGAGGCUCGCGUCCAUCAUCGGUCAGCAACAAGAAACCAAAGCCAAGGCAAAGGUGGACAAACAUCAUCGUCAUGACAAGGAGCCAGAGCGCACAGAGCAGAAGGCGCGGUCGUCUGCGAAGGACAAGCUGAAAGAAGUAAAAACAGCACUCAAAGCGGAAAAGGCCAAGACAAAGAAGGAGAAGGCCAAGGCCAGAAAGCAGGACACGAAGCAACAAUCUCGACGCACCAGUGGUAGCGCCACGCAGCAACCCAACACGGAGUCAACAUCAACGCGAACGUCGAAGCCCCGCCGGCGGGUCGCCUUCGCGUAA